AUGUUAGACACAGCCAGCAAUGGGAACUUCCUCAAUCAAGAUGUGGAUGAUGGCUGGCAACUUGUGGAGAACAUGCAAACUCCAAUGGAAGCUAUGGAGAAGAGUAUGAUCGCACCAAUCGGAGCUCGACCCACCACUCGAUCGAGUCACAAGGAAGUGAUUCACAAGUUCAGAAGAGAUCUCAGUGGGAUUGGAAUUGAGUUGCCUCCUAUGGAUAGCAUGAGUGAGGCAUUUGAUCAAAUGCAAAUGGUCAAGGAUGUUCUAGCCAACAGUGAUAAAGUUUCAGAGGUCAAGGAUCAAGGGAAAUUCACUCUCCCUUGCACACUUGGGCAUCUUGAGAUUGACAAUGCCUUAGUGGAUUCUGGAGCAAGCAUCAAUCUGAUCUCUCUCUCCAUGGCAGAGAAGCUAGGCAUUGCUGGAGCCUUGCAGCGCCCUACUACUUCAAUCAUGUUUGGAGAUGCAACUUCUAAGUCUCCUCUUGGAGUGUUCAAGAACUAUCACUUGAAAAUUGGAGAAUGCAUCAUCCAAACUGAUCUCACUGUGAUGGAAAUGGAAGAAGAGAAGGAUCUACCUCUGUUAUUGGGAACCCCUUUCCUUAGUACAGUUGGCGCUUCAAUAGACUUUCACAAGCAAGAAGUGAUCCUUCACAAGGUUGUGAAGGAAAGGGUUGACAAAGAACCAAGAGUUGGGAAGGAUAAGGAUGAGAGAGGACCAAGGAUUGAGAAGCCACGUCUUGAGAGGGCUAGAGUUGAGAAACCACGUUCUGAGAGACCACGAGCUGAUAGACUUGUUCAAGCCCCUUGUGUGCUUGAUGAAGAAAGCCUUCAAGCUUUGUUUGAUGAGCCACUAGGAAGGGCUCUAAAAGAGGGGAGGAUGUAG